AAUCGAUUGUUGUAGUAGUUGGUACUGUAUAGAUGUUGCAGUUUUGUGUGUGUUUUUGGAUAAUUUAUUUAGAAAGUGACAAGAGUAAUUCUGCACACAUUUCAGUCAGAUACGAGUCACAGUUACGGUCGAAGCUCAUCACCACACGUUUUCGGUCUACUUCAAUGAAACGUCACAAAAACAGCCGCUAAUAACUACAAAUCGCAAACUAUUAGGAAGGAAAAUACCUUCAGUUUAAAAAUCGGAUAGUUGUACUACAGUUAAAAUGGUCAACUACUUUAUUUACGCAAAAGAUUAUUCAGGUUCAACCGAAUAUGACGACCAUUACCACACCAACGGAUUGAAAACUCUAGCACAAUUUAAAACUGACGUAGAAGAAAUAAAAACUGAACUAGCAAAAUCUGAGGACCCUCCGAUAGAAUCAAGAAUUAUUUACUUGCAUUGGGGACAUAUAUGUGAAGAAGUCGACGAAGAGACAACUAGAACAGCAUAUCUACAACGUCAAGGCGAUGGAAGGAACACACUUCCUGAAAGGAUAAUUGAAUGGUUAAAACUAAACUAUGACAUUUGUAGUGAAAAAGGUGUAAUUAAGCUGUUGUACAUAAUCACUGAUGGUAGGAUUUAUGAAAAUAGUGUAGAGGAAUGUUUCAGAUCCAACAGUAAUAUGUAUUAUGAAAAGGUCGUUUUUCAUGCAUUUAAUCAAGACCAAAAUGAAAUAGACAUUUCAGUAGCAUCAUCAUUCUUCAAAAGCCAAUGCAUGGUUUACUGCAAUAACGAACUUUACGACGACACUGAUAUUUCCGAAGAGUUUGACUAUGACAAAAUUAAUAUUGAGAACUUUGCUUCUGAAAAGGAUAAUUUGAAGUCUUAUAUUAAACUUAAGUUUUUGAAGAAAAUCAAAAACGAUGCUCGCGCCUUAAAAGAAAUCGAUAACCUCAAGAAACUACGAGCUCGACUAUUUGAUGAAUUGUCAUGUAAAACAGAAGUUGACUUGGCCACAAAGGAUAGAAAAGAGUUCAUAAGUGAAUUUGUUCGCACGGAUUGGUACCAGAAUCUUACUUCAGCCGAUGGGAUGGGGAAUGGGAAGGUUGACAUUGAGAAAGCUAUCACAACUAUGAUCAAUUAUCUUGUUUGCGAAAACAAAUCUUAUACGUUUGACGCAUUGAAGUUCAAUACAAAUUUUAAUACAUUAGUUGAAGAAGAGCCAAUCGUUGACGUAAAUUUUACAGCGGAACAAGAAAUAGCGUUCCCUGACAUCAUUUGGGAUGACGAAAAAGGAAUCCCUGUUGUAAUUCUUACCAAUAUGGAUUUGCUAGAGAAAAUUAUUUUCCAUGGACAACGCGGGAGAGACCAAAUACAGCCUGCUAGUUUUAGCAAAUUCAAAACAACUAUGGAAUGUCCGCUAUUUUUGGUGAAUGAUAAAGACAUCAGUGAGUCAAUUGGUUACUUCUACACUCUCAACGUCUACAAACAGUUUUUGGUAAACAAUAUAAGAAAUGAACCGCGAACACGAAAACCAUUUUGCGGUGGCCUUGUGCUGACAGAUACUGUUCAGUAUGACUAUUACAAUGACUAUAUUUUGUCAGCGACGUACUUUGAUUCUAAAAAGGUGAAAUUCAAUGUUGGAUUGUUUUAUUACGUGCUGUUUAAGAACUGCGAAAACAAGGAAUGGAUGGACAGAAAUGUUGUCGAACAAUUCAAGAAGUAUGCUAUGCGACGUGUCAGUGAAACAGUUUGCAAAAUUGGGCUCUCUUCUUUGCCACUAGAUCCUCAAGAAAACACUUCGCUACUUACUGCAUUGUGGUACUGUGUUGAUUUGUCUUCAUGCAUAUUCAAAGAUGAUCCCAAAAAUUUCACCCACGAACGAAUGAGGAUGUUCUACGGCGUAUCGCAUUGCAUGAUUGAAAUUUUGAAAUACUUUGAAUAUGAUCUAGACAUAGAGUCUAUUGAAAAACGUAGAGAACUAAUAAGUCAUGUGAUGACUUUGAAGAGAAUUGAUAAAUCUAGUGAUAAAGUUUACUAUUUGUUGAAAAAAAUCUUCAAAACGGAAGACGACUUCCUGGUUAGCGAAAUUGAAAAGCCAUUCAAUCUGUACAAGCUCAAUUAUUUGAAAUUGAACCACAAAAAUAUAUUGAACGAUAAUGUAAUUAAUGAAAAGGUUCAUUUGAAUGACUACGUUCAUUUGAUGCAUGUAGAAUAUUUCGAGAACGAUGAAGUUCCCUUUGAAAUUUCUAAAAAGACAUUCCGUCCCUUAUUUGCUAUAGAUAAAAACAAGUCAUUUUACACAGAAAUGUUUAAGAACACGAAAAAAGUAGUCAUUAGCAAUGAUGAUGACCAAGAUAAACUUAAAUUAUCCUUUGAGCCGAUCGAUUCGCUUGAUUUUCAUAGAGUAUUGUCUCUUUACAAUCUGUUUAUCCACUGCGUGAUAGAUCUAGAGAAAUAUCCCACCUUAGCUGAAUAUGUUGACUAUGUUUGCAGGAAGAAAAAGUUUUACGGAAAUUCGGUUACUAUUUUUCCGCCCAAGGUAUUCUUAGAUAUUAAAGAUGUGUAUGACCGAUAUCAAAAUAUUGUGACCAAUGUCGAGGUCAACAAAUUUAUUAAUGUAUGCAAAAGUUAUGUCAGUCGAAUUGAUCGAAUUAAAGCUGAAGAUAAAGUGAUAUUUGAUAGUGACGAUAAAAUUAAAGAAUUCAUUUCUUGCCAAGAGAAAAGAGUAAAUUUAGAAAAAAAUACGUAAUCUCAAAAUGAACUUUAGGAUGAAUGUUAAUUUGUUCGUGCUAAGAAUGAUUGAAAUAUUUUAAUAUACUUUCUUACCAAAUUGUAAAAUUCAAUGUACAGUUUUAAUAUUCUAAAUAAUUGUAAAUAUAUGUAAUUCUAUGUAUUAGUAAGCACGCGAAUAUUAAUUUUAGACUAAAUACCUAAAAUGUAUAUUGUGAAUCAUAAGAAAUGAGUAUUUUAAAAAGAUUGGGUUGAUUGUUAUUUAAAAGUUUGUUAACAAUAUUAGUGUUGUGUAAUUACCUGUGUCUAUAUUUUUGUAGUGUUAUUUUACGAGUAGUUUUAAUGAAUUUUCCUAUAUUUGUGCCAAUGUAAUUAGUAUCUAAUUUCAAUUACAUAUAAUAUUAUAAAAUUUUGUAAACAAUUUAUUCCAAAUAAUAUUGUAAUAAUCAUAAUCUCGUGAACUUAGUUUUAAUAAACAAUCAAUUUUUGACCAUCA